AAUAAUAACAAACAAACAUUUUUUCUUCAAUUUUAUUUUAGUUUUUAUAUAAAUUUCAAUUUUUGUAGUAAGAUUUUAAUGUUUUAUAAUUAUUUUAAAAGUAUUGUAUCCUCUUGAAUAACAUCUCAAAGGCUAGCGCAUCAAACUAUGGCUGUAAACAUUCCAGAUAAGUCAUGGCAACCUCCAUUUGUUGUACUCGAAACGACAAUGGGAACGGUUGAAAUUGAGUUAUAUUGGAAACACGCUCCGAAUACGUGUCGUAAUUUUGCUGAAUUGGCACGAAGAAGCUAUUAUCAUAAUGUAAAAUUUCACCGAGUAAUCAGAGAUUUUAUGAUACAAGGAGGUGAUCCUACCGGCACAGGUCGAGGUGGAUCUUCAAUAUACGGUAAAACGUUCAAAGAUGAAAUUCACGAGGAUUUAAAACACACCGGAGCGGGUAUUCUUUCAAUGGCUAAUUCGGGCCCUGAUUCUAACGGAUCUCAGUUCUUCAUCACGCUAGCUCCAACACAGUGGUUAGACGGCAAACAUGCCAUAUUUGGACGCGUAUAUUCUGGAAUGCAAGUUGUUAAGCGAAUAGGUUUAGUAGAAACGGAUAAAGAUGAUCAACCAGUUGACGAUGUGAAAAUAGUCAAUGCUUACGUGAAACAAGAAUAAUUUCGAAGGAUACUUUGGUGCCACAAAUCCAGUCAAUUUACAUCGAUUUCGGUUCAUGUUGGAAUAUUAUCAUUUUUUCACCGAAUUUCUCGACUGAUACGAGCAGUUUGCGUGUGCUUGUAACUGAUAUUUUCAAAAUAAUUUUUGUACGGCCUUUGGCGAACUCAAAUAUAAACAUAAGUAAAUUGUUUUAUAAUUCGUU